AUGAACAACACAAACGAUACUGAACCGGAUCCAUUGGAACACUACAGGACCAUUUUGUCUGAAUUUUACCUAGUGUACAUCUGGGUGCUGGUAGGUGUGGGUGUGCCUGGCAAUGUCGCCUGCAUCUUAGUAGCCACAUCCAUGACCCUCACUACAGCCACCUUAUACAUGUCCUUGGUGGCCGUAGCUGACCUGUUGGCUCUGGUACUUAAGCUUAUAUUUCACCAGAUGUACAUUAACGGCGUAACAGUAAAUACCUUUGUUUGUAAAGCCGAUGUGUUUGUAGAGUUAGUCGGCAACUACGCAAACUGGACUCUGGUGCUGGUCUGUUUGGAACGGUUUUUAUCCAUUCGCUUUCCUCUCAAGAAGAAAAUUUACUUCACCAAGAAGCGAGCUAUGCUCAUCGCCGUGUUACUUGGGAUGAUACUGUGUUUGUGUUAUAUUUAUGCGUUCAUUCAAAUAGACCAAAAAGAUAAGAUAGACUGUGAAGAUCCGGAUUCUCCUGAUGAUUUCACCAAAUAUCCUUGGUACUGGAUUAACACCUUCAUCUACUAUUUUCUGCCCUUCAUCCUCCUCCUCAUCUUUCCGUGCCUUAUCAUCGUCAGUCUCAGGCGACAACGAAAGGCGCGCGAGGCCAUGGUAAGGACAACCCCGGACACUUCAGGGGAGACAACGCAGACAAGAGUUGAGGUCGUCAUCUCCGUCAUGGUGGUGUGCGAUGCAAUCGUCGUCAUUGUCACCUUUGCUCCGAUCUGCAUCUUUUACCUUAUUGUACCAUUCGACAUAGUGAAUUAUGGUACCGCUAGCGAAUUGCUUACGGUGUGGAUAUUACAUAUUACAGCAGUAACUUUAUCAGAAGUGAACUACGCUGUAGACUUUGUUAUUUACUUUGCUGCCUCCAAGAAGUUCCGUUCUCGUUUUAAAAAGCUGAUCAGAAAAUGUUUGACCUGCAGGUGUAGAAGAGAUCAAGAGUAG